AUGGAAUAGUCAAUUUAGUUUGAAGAUUAGGAAUGUCUGUUAUUUGACUCUUUUGCAAAAAGAUGGUUAAAAAAGAAAUACUAAAUAGAAAUUGUUAAUAAAUAAGAGAUCAUAUACAUUGUUGAUGGAUAAACAGCUAGGUUGUAAAUUUAAAAAAAAUUUCAAUAGAAAGGAAAAGUUUUUAUCUUUGAAGCCGGAUGUUUUCGAUAAUUUAGAAUAAAUCAAAUAUCUUGAAUAGGUUGGGAAAUAUGGAAAGAAUUAACAGAAGAUUGCUAAAUGGGAACUUCAUUGGAAUGGAUAAAUUCUUUAAAAAGUCGGAGGGUAUUACUCAGAAAAUGGCCAAAAAAUCGGUUUAUGGAAAGAAUUGAUUAAGAAUUAUUGUAGGUAAACUGCUAAUUUUAAAAUUUCAAUAGUCAGGUUCAUGUCUUUGAAGAAGGCGAAUAUAUUGAUGACACAAAAAUAGGUAGAUGGAAAUAUAUUUAUUAAAAUAAAGCAAUGUAGUUUUUUAAUUUAAUUAGUGGUUUUGGAUCUUAUCAAAGAGGUUAGAAAAAGGUAGGGAGAUGGGUAGAAUUAUGGGAAAGUUUUUGGGAUGGAGCUUUAAUCACUUAUAAUGGUGAAUAUAAUUUAAAAGGUAUAAAGGUAGGUAAAUGGGAAAUUAAUUUUGAUAGAUGGGGAGAUGGAAAAUACAAAUUAAUGUAAAUUAUGAAAAUUAUUGUAAUAAUAUUGUAGUGGUUGUGGAUAAUAUGAUUAAUAAGAGAUUUAACAAAAGGUUGGGAGAUGGAUAGAAUUGUGGGAGGGCUUUUGGUAUAAUGCAUAAGUCACUUAUAAUGGUAAAUAUAAUAGAAAGGGUAUAAAGGUUGGUAGGUGGGAUAUAAAUUUUGAUAAAUGGGGAGAUGGAAAAUAUCAUUAUAUGUAAAUAUUUAUUAAGUAUAGCAAUGAUAUAUUAGUGGUGGUGGGUCAUAUGAUUAAGAGGGAAUUAAAAUUGGUAAGUGGGUUGAGUUGGAUUAAGGAUUCGGAUAUAACAAAUAAAUCACUUUUAAUGGUGAAUAUAAUAUGAAGAGCCUAAAAGAAGGUAUAUGGAAUAUUAUAGCUUGGGAAAAAUAUAUGUAAUUAAAAGUAGAUUAAUGAUAUGUUAGUGGUGGUGGAUCAUAUGAUUAAGAGGGAAUCAAAAUUGGUAAGUGGAUUGAGUUUGGUGAAAAGUUUGAGGAACAUAAAUAUGUGAUAUAUAAUGGUGAAUAU